CGGGAGGAGAGAUCCAGUGUUACAGAAUGGGAGUUCCUGAGGCGCUGUGACUAAUCCCCCCCCACCCCCGCAAAUUGGGGAAAUCCACCGGCGGGCAGAAAGCCAGAGGGAGCACUGAGGGGGGCUAAACCAAAGGAAACCGCAGGAGCCCACAGUGCCUCCAGAAACACAGGGAUCCGGGACGAGCCCGAACCAGUGCUGGUGAAAUGACUGAGUACAAACUGGUGGUGGUCGGUGCUGGAGGCGUAGGGAAGAGCGCUCUCACAAUCCAGCUCAUUCAGAACCAUUUUGUGGACGAAUAUGAUCCUACUAUUGAGGACUCCUACAGAAAGCAGGUGGUGAUAGACGGGGAGACGUGCCUCCUGGAUAUAUUGGACACGGCGGGACAAGAGGAAUACAGCGCCAUGAGGGAUCAGUACAUGCGCACGGGAGAAGGGUUUCUCUGUGUCUUUGCUAUUAAUAACACAAAGUCCUUCGAGGAUGUCCAUCAUUACAGGGAACAGAUUAACAGAGUAAAAGAUUCCGAUGAUGUUCCCAUGGUGUUAGUUGGUAACAAAUGUGACCUCCCAUCCCGGACUGUGGACACAAAGCAAGCACAAGAACUGGCAAAGAGCUACGGUAUCCCUUUCAUAGAAACCUCGGCCAAAACCAGACAGGGAGUCGAAGACGCCUUCUAUACCCUAGUCCGUGAAAUCCGCAAGCACAAAGAGAAGAUCAGCAACGGGAAGAAGAAGAAGUCCUCUAAAAGAAAGUGUGUCAUACUCUAACGUGCCAUCCGCCACCCCCACCGUGCUCGUGGAUCAGAGCAGGAGAACAGUGCCAUCACAGACCUGAAAGCAAGCAAACAAACCCCCCCCACCCCCUCAAAUGUGUGGACUUUGUCAUUGCCGUGGAUACCAUAGAAUUGCCAUGAAAUGAAAGAAAAACAUUGACCACUUAUUUUAACAGAUAAAUGGCACGAACGGUGCUGAAUCUGCCUACAAGGACUUGGACCCCCCAGUCAUGUGUGAGGAACACAGUCUUCAUGAACAAACUGUUUUAUCAGAAGGACAAAUGCAAUAGCCCCUUCUUUUUUAGCCCAACUACCCUCCUACUCCUACUGGGUUUUAUUUCUCCCUGGAAGAGACGUUAGCCAUCAUGUUGGGGAAUAAUCUGCCCCGGCCUUUCUUACAGAUCCAUUUGAAUAAAGAUUGAAACUCUCAUCAGUAUUUUCCCGAACCGUAGUAGGAAGGAAUGCAAGGAAUUGUGCAAAGGUGGUAUUAAGGGAAACAAUAGUAAUGUUGUCUGAAUAUGGGAAGCACAGCUAGAAAUAAACCGUGAAAACCCAA